AUGGGGCUUCUCCCCACGGGCCUGUUCCGUUCGCGGGACUCACGGCCACAGGCACUUCCUCUCUACGAGAAGCCCACAAGAGCAUCCUCCGGCAAGGAUCGCUACUCAGACGACGAUAUCUCCUCACCCGAUGGCAGUGACGACGACGAAUACGACUACGACGGUGAGAGCGCAGCCUCCUCACCACGCAGCGGCCGUGCUUUCUCGCGACAGUCCUCCGGCACGGCAGCCUCGACUUCUUAUAUGUUGCCAAAACGCGCCCCUGGUACCGGACACCCGGUGUCGGCUUUUGAACAGCCCCGGCGGCGGCUGCGGGCAUCCACUGCGUCGGCCGCCGUUCGCGCACAUAUCUACCGCCUGCCACAAAAGGUCAUCCGCUACCUCUGCACGGCGCUGAUCAUGACAAUUGUUGUCCUCAUCAUCACACUCGUCCGUGCCAGCCAGCUGGAGAACCGCCGGUUAGCCGUUGGCGGCGGCAAAGGAGCGGCAACCCCGCCUGCCUGGGAGUCGUUUGACUUUUUGACUCGCUACUAUGGCGGCGUGCGCAACCUGGUCCCGCUCAAGGAGAACGUGCCGCAGUACCCGCGCGAGGAAGACGAACAGCCGUACGGCCUGGGCGUGAACGAUACAUCGGCGAAUGCCGCAGGCACGGGCGACGUCGCUGCGCCCAAGGUGCACCUGCACGCGGCCGCGGCCGCAGCGGCUGCUGCCCUGCACAAGGUGGACAAGGCGCCUCUGCCGCCCAGCGCUGCCUUUGACACGUACAAGGGUUACGUCAAGGCGAGCGACCCGGAUCACAUCAGCCCCUGCUUCGUCGACGACAAGAACACUGUCAGUGUGCCGCCUCUGCGCUACUAUGAAGGCCGCCCCAACGGCUUUCCUCAGAACAUUAUGGGCUCGUAUGAGCUUCUGUCGCUGCCCGAGGAUAUCUGCUUUGACCGCUUUGGUCGCUUCGGCCCAUACGGCUACGGCUACUCGGUGCGCUCAGGUGGCCUGGGAGUCGGCGAGUAUGGCGAGAACGAGGGGGCCGAGGCUGUGUGGGCGGGUGGUGCCAGCAAGGUCGAUUAUCGCAAGGUGGACUGGGCCGGCGCCCAGCAACGCUGCUACAACGCUAAUGCCCGCCGCUUUAAGCCGGCCGAGACUCGCCACGCCCCGGUCAACGGCCUCUACAUCAAUGACGGUGCCCCUCUCGGAAAGGAAGCUCCUGCGCCCAUUCACCACGCGCCACGCGAUGCGCCUGCGGAGGCGACGUCCGACGUCGUUUCUGAGCCCGCCAUGAACAGCACUGAUUCAGCUCCUGUCGUGCAUGCCGAAACCUCUGCUGCUCCGGCUGCACCUCCCCCGCAGGGCGACAUACCGCGUACGGCUGUUGUGAUCCGUUGUUGGGAUGAGUUUAUUUGGCGCGAGGAGGACAUUAUGAACUUGCGCGCUCUCAUCGUGGAACUUUCGCUUGCGUCGGGCGGACGCUACGACGUCCACCUCCUUGUCCAGGUCAAGAACGACGCGAAGUUCCCCAUCUGGGCCGACGACGGGGCCUACAGGGCGAAGAUCGACUCCGUCAUUCCUCCCGAGUUCCGCAGCAUCGUCACGCUGUGGACCGAAACGCAGAUGCUGUCGCUGUACCAGGGAAUCCACGACCUGUACACCCGCGGUCCCGGCCUGCCGGUCCACGGUGUCUACCGUGGUCUCCAGAUGGCCAUGCAGCACUUUUCCUACAACCAUCCCGAGUACGAGUACUUCUGGCAGUGGGAGAUGGAUAUCCGCUACACGGGCCACCACCUCGACCUCUUCACCAAGAUGGAGAACUGGGCCAAGGAACAGCCUCGCAAGGGCCUGUGGGAGCGUAACUCGCGCUUCUACAUUCCCUCUGUCCACGGUUCCUGGGAGGACUUCCGUCAGAUGGCACGUGUGCAGACGGAGGCGGGCCUUGCUGGUGCCGACAAUAUCUGGAGCGGCGUCCCCGGUGCUGGUCCCAAUGCGGGUCCCGGCGCCAACAAGGUCGCUGGCGAGCAGACUGUCUGGGGCCCUGUGCGACCAGCCGACCCGGAGGACUGGUUUGAGCCCGAAAACGAUCCUGUGCCGCCCACCUCGUACGAGAAGGACCGGUACACGUGGGGCGUGGGCGAGGAGGCAGAUCUGAUUACGCUGAACCCCAUCUUCGACCCCGAGGGCACGACAUGGCUGCUGGCCGACGACAUCACCGGUUACAACGAGACAGCCGAGAGAGCGGGCGGCCAGACGAGCGGCAAGCCGCAGCGGCGCGCCCAGAUCAUCACGGCCUCUCGCAUGUCCCGUCGCAUGUUGCACACGAUGCACCGCGAGACGGCCUUCAAGAAGCACCACGCCUUCUCCGAGAUGUGGCCUGCCACUGCUGCCCUGCAGCACGGCUACAAGGCUGUCUACGUGCCGCACCCUGUCUAUGUCGAUCGCGAGUGGCCGACGCAGUACAUGGCACGCACGUUCAACGGUGGCCGCAAUGGUGCCUCGGGCGGCUCGCGCAUGUCCGUCUUUGGCCAGCGUGAGCACAACUUUUUGGGUCUGACCUGGUACUACAACGCAGGCUUCUCGCCCAACUUGUACCGCCGCUGGCUGGGCCUGAAGGUGAACGGCGACGGCGGUGCCGACUUCGAGGAGAACGCCGACGUUACCCGCAACGACUCGACCGUGUCCAACAUGCGCGGCGGUGAGGGCCGCAUGUGCCUGCCUGCCAUGCUGCUGCAUCCCAUCAAGAGCGUGGAACUGCCCGUCGAGAGCCAUGCGAAUGAGGACUACAACAAGCCCGACAGCGACCUCAACCCUGGGUCGUAG